AUGUCUGGCCGUCCGAUAACCUCCACCCCCAAUGCUGGCAACAGUGUUGGCCAACGUCCAAUCUCCCAGACAGAGAGCUCAAACCCGAGAGAAUUUCAGAUCAACCAACUCAGGCGGCGCUUUCGCCCUACAGAGAGCACCGAUGAGUCGGGAAUCACAUUAUCCUUCGGGCUAGUUCCUUCGGAUCCAGACUUUCCUUUCGAGCUGGACCGCUUAGAAUGUGCUCUACACGUACCCUCGAAGUAUCCCGGGCAGGGACGGCCCUCCCUGAAAGUGGAUAACCCUGAAAUCGGAGCCGCAUUCCAGGAGAAUGUGUCCAGGGGAUUUGACGACAUCGUUGAUAGCUCGAUGAGAAUGAGCGGGCGUGGAACCCUCCUCAACUGGAUCAAUACGCUGGACCGACAUCUGGAGAGACUCCUUACCACUACUGAGCGUGGACCAACUCUCAAGUUUGUACAGAACGCCAAGAAGGAAGAGGCUGUUAGCGAACCCUUGGUGAACAAUCUGAGCUCACUAUCAUUGACGCCAGAGCCUAAACCUAAGAGAGUGGUUCCCCCGCCAGUGAUUGAGGCCCGUCCAGUUUACACAGCUGAAGAGAGGGCUCAGGCAGAGAAGCGGAGGGCAGUCGAAACAAAACAGCUUGAAGCUCGCCUUGGAAGAUUGCCGCUAUUCCAGAAAGUUAGAGAUGGUUCCUCGUUCAUCAUACCUAUCCAGCCCACAAAGGUCGACCGGCUCCCAAUUGCACUUCGGGCAGUCAAAACAGUCAGACUUUCAGUCCCCGCACUGUAUCCCCUCGAACCUAGUUCCGUUGAGCUACAAGGGGUUCGUGGGGCCGAGGCGCAUUCCGUUGAAGUUGGUUUCUCGCAAUGGAUCAAGGACCAUUCUCAACUAAACCUGGUAUCACAAAUAAAUUACUUAGCUAGCAAUAUUCAUAACUUUGCGAAGACCGUCGUCAAGGAGACCGAGCCGCAGCAGCCCGAGCCCGAGCCCGAGCCCGCAAUGCCAGAAGAACCACAGCCCACGGAAACUGCGGAUCAUUCGAUCAUAGACGAAGAUAAGCCGCAUCUUCACGUUAUUCAACGGCCCCCGGAAUGGACAGUCGGUGGUGGCACGAGUGGCAGCGAUGAGACCGAUAUUUCUACGACUGACGACGACUUUUCAGACGACGAAGAGGACGGUGGUGCACCGGUACCAGAUAUGCCAGAGCCAACAACUGAGUACGGUGUUGCUCUAUCUUUCCCAUACCUGGAACUUUAUGGAAUUGAACUUCUUGAGCUUGUUGGCCUCUAUAUUACAGUCAAGUGUGACCGAUGCAAAGAACAGUUGGAUGUAAGGAAUAUACCCCAGACCAAAGACAGCAGUGGCGCAUUGUCGCCGAAGGUGGAGGUCUGCAAGAAAUGCUCAAACUCAAUGAGUAUUGGGUUCCGUCGGUUGUUAAUACACCAAAACUCUACGCGUGCGGGAUAUCUGGACCUGGACGGCUGUACAGUUGUGGAUCUUCUCCCUAGUGGGUUCAUCCCAACAUGUGCAGAGUGUUCAACUCCUUUUCCCGGGCCAGGGAUAGUCGCAGUCCGCGGUGAAAGCGCCAUGGCCAACUGCCGGCAGUGCCAUCGUAAAAUGGUUUUCAAACUUCCUGAGGUGAAAUUUCUCAGAGUAGGGUCUGCAGCAUUCACGUCUCGCGAGCGUGCCCCAACAAGGAAGAAGCCAAAGGAAAUCCUUGGCAUCGUAGCAGGCCAAGAAUUACCCCGUCGCGGCCGAUGCAUGCACUAUAGCAAAAGCUACCGCUGGUUCAGAUUCGGCUGCUGUGCUAAAGUCUUUCCCUGCGACAAAUGCCACGACGCAGCUACGGACCAUCCAAAUGAACACGCUAACCGCAUGAUCUGUGGCUUCUGUUCUCGCGAGCAAAUCUACCGCCCCGAAAACUGCGGGAUCUGUCGUGCGUACCUUAUCGGGAAAGCAGGAAGCGGAUUCUGGGAAGGAGGAAAGGGGACGAGGAAUAGAGCCCUGAUGAGUAGGAAAGACCCGCGGAAAUAUAAACGGCGCGGAGGGACGAAGCCUGGGAGUGCGAGCUCGUCGAAGAAGAAGUAA